AGUCGCUCCCAUGUCGAGCCGUACGCCGCCUGCCAGCUGAGGGGACAGGGGGCUGAGCUCCAUGCUUGGCUCCUCCUGUGAGGUGGUUUGGGAAGCGGAAAGCGGUGCCACGCCCUACAUCAACCCCACCCUCACCCAUCAGACGCAACCUAUGAUUAGACGAGCUUCCCCAGCGUCUCCUCCUCCAGCCCGGCCUGCCACUGUCUCCUCUCCGGUUCGUUGUCGGUCGCCAGCAGACAGCCUCCCCAUCUGACGCUUGUCCAGCAGCCAGUCCUCACGCCUCCCCCCUCACCGCCCGUCACCAUGAGGUUCUCCGCCGCCAAGGCCCUGGCUCUGGCCCUCGCGGCCCUGCCGCUGACGUCGGGCUCGUCGCUCGAGAGGCGCGCGUCCAUGUACGACGGCUACAAGGUGUACCAGAUCGACGCCGCCGGGGAGGACUACGCCGGCAUCGCCGACGCCGUCGCGAACAUCGAGGCCGCCGUCCCGCUCGCCUGCGCCGAAGCCCACGACCACCUCGACGUGGCGGUGGCGCCCGACGCCGUCGGCCAGCUCGAGCGCCUCGGCCUCAAGAUGAAGCUGCUCAACGACGACCUGGGCGCAAACAUCCGCGCCGAGGGCGAGGUGAAGCCCUACGUGUCGGCCCGCGCCGCCGCCGUCGCCGCCCGCCAGGCGCCGGGCCUGCCCGACAAGUCGUGGUUCGACUCGUACCACGAGUUUGACGAGCACCUCGAGUGGCUGGACGACGUACAGGCCGCCUUCCCGAAGAACUCGCAGACGUUUGUGGCCGGGAACUCGCUCGAGGGCAGACCCAUCAAGGGAAUCCAUCUCUAUGGCCCCCAGGGGCCCGGCAAGCGCCCGGCUGUAGUUUGGCACGGGACGGUGCACGCGCGGGAAUGGAUCACUGCUCCUACUGUCGAGUACCUGGCGUACAAGCUAGUCGACGGCUACCUGAAGAGGAGCUGCACGUCGAAGCGCGCCAUCGACAACUUUGACUUUUACAUCAUGCCAGUCGUCAACCCAGACGGCUUCGUCUACACGCACACCACCAACCGCCUCUGGCGCAAGAACAGGCAGACGCGCCCCGGCGCCUCGUGCGCCGGCACCGACGUCAACCGCAACUGGCCGCACCAGUGGGACGUUCCCGGCGGCUCGUCGACCAACCCCUGCUCAGAGACGUACCGCGGCCUCGCGCCCGGCGACACGCCCGAGAACGCGGCCCUGGUCAACCACACGCUCUCGGUGGCGCGGUCCCAGGGGCUCAAGUUCUUUGUCGACUGGCACUCCUACUCGCAGCUGAUCCUGCUGCCGUACGGCUACACGUGCGACAAGGCGCCCGAGUCCAACGCGCGCCAGAUGGAGCUGGCGGCCGGGGCCGCGGCCGCCAUCAAGGCCGUCAACGGGCUCGACUUUGUCUACGGGCCGACCUGCCCGACCAUCUACCAGACCUCGGGCGUCAGCAUGGACUGGGGCUACGACGUGGCCGGCGCCGAGCUCGCGUGGGGCUACGAGAUGAGGCCCGCGUCCUCGGCCGAGGGCGGCUUCGUCAUCCCGCCCGAGAACAUCGUGCCGUCGGGCGAGGAGCAGUGGGCCGGGUUCAAGUACCUGCUCGCCAACUGGUAGCGGAAGGUUCCAGAUCAGACCAGGAUGAGUAAAGAAGCACAGGGAGUGUCUGGAAGGCCAAACAUCAAUCCAAAAUAUUCUACAAGUACGUAAACUGAGCGUUUAGUCAUAGCUGGCAUUCGAUAACGAGCAAUACGUAAUCCUAUAAAUUCUUUGCCGUCG